AUGUCGACCCCCAACAUCGCUCAAGAUAUGCCUGACUUCUUUGGCCUGCCCUCGAAUGACUUUGGGGAUGAUUUCGAGUUGAGCACUGAACCCACCAUGCUUUCUCCCAAUCAGAUCCCCACUGGCCUCAUGGCUGUCAAGGACUCUGUGGCAGGUGCCCCUUCGGGCACCAUCUCGCCCAAAGACUUGUUCAUGGAUGCAUCGGCACCCCCGUCGACCUCGUUCACUGAUCUCAGCACUCCUUCCUUUGAGUCUCCUGGCUAUUUCAGCCAGGAUACUUCACCCAUGUUCCCCACCGAUCUGGAGCUGGGCCCUGGCUCCGAGGAGUGGGGUCCGCUCUUCCCUGCUCAAGAUGACUUCUCCACGGCCUUCGACUCCACCGCCUUGGAUGUUGCACUCGCUCUCUCCCAGCCGGAGACUAAGCUCCCAAAGGAGGUCUCUGUUCCUCCGUCUCCUGCGGUCCGCGACUCUGCUUCGCCCGCCCCUUCUCCUGCGCCCAGCAAGUCCGGUGUUAAGCACUCCACCGUCGCCGGUGUUGACCCCAGCGACCCUGUCGCCUUGAAGCGUGCUCGCAAUACCGAGGCUGCUCGUAAGUCUCGUGCUCGCAAGCUUGAACGCCAGGAUGAGAUGGAGCGACGCAUCCGUGAGCUCGAGAAGUCUCUGGAAGAAGCUCAGCAGCGUGAACAGUACUGGAAGGCCCUUGCCCAAAACAGGGGUUGA